GCGCACCGGAGGUGGAGGGGCGGGAGCAGGGGACCUGGGCGGGCGGUGCUGCAGCUGGGGGUGUCUGUCUGUUCCCACCGGACCCGCCCAGAGAGCAGGGGGCCAGGGGCGGCGCCGCUCCAGGCACUGAGCCAUACCUCCUUGCUGGAAUUUGCAGCUCUUAUGGAACCAUUUCUUUGAUGUUACAGCUUAGUAAAGCACCAGAAAUACAGUUCCUGCUUACCUGCCUCCUGUAACAAAGAGACUAUUUCUGAGCCGAACAGAAAAAUGAUAAAGUUUUUUCUCAUGGUGAACAAACAAGGUCAAACAAGACUCUCCAGGUAUUAUGAACAUGUGGAAAUUCAUAAGCGGACAAUGCUGGAAGCUGAAGUAAUCAAAAAUUGCCUUUCCCGUUCAAAAGAGCAAUGCUCUUUCAUUGAAUAUAAGGAUUUUAAGCUGGUGUACCGACAAUAUGCAGCCCUUUUCAUAGUGGUUGGAAUCAAUGAAACAGAGAAUGAGAUGGCUGUAUAUGAACUAAUUCAUAAUUUUGUGGAGGUUUUGGACAGAUAUUUCAGCAGAGUGAGUGAAUUAGAUAAAGUUAACAUCACAGUAGUGCCUUCAGCCACUGUAGAAAAAGGUUCCCAUUAUUACAGGAUUAAACAUGGACUAUAAUCCUGCUUCUAUGGAAGUCAGUGGGAGUUUUGCUGUUGCCAUCAAUGGGAACAAGAGUAUGCCCUUGAUGGGGAAUCUUGGGUAUCGGUCAUGACAGCAGCAAUGAUUGAAAUGUCUUUGUACACACUUAACCACCUACACUCGAAUACUCAGAAUAAUGUUACUUCGAUGCCUUAUUCAAGGAGUAAUAUAUAGCUAAAAUAUAGAAACAUUUUUGUUAUUUUUCAUCUAUUUGUUCUUACACUUCUUUACUGAUGCAGCAAAAGGCAUCAUAUGUAGUUUUCCCCCCAUAACUUCUUAAAAGCAUGUACAUCUACACAUAAGAUAGGGAACAGAUGUCACUGGAACUCUCUUGUUCAUCUAGUAGCAUUAAAAAAAAAUAGUACACUGUCUGUGUUGCAUUCAUGGAAGAUAAAUUAACCAGGAGAGUUCCCCCAAAUUGAAACCAAAGAGUGGCGGAUUGAAUAUCUGCCUUAUGGGGUCCUGUUUUCAUAAUGGGAGUCUUGAGGUCCACAGACAAUUGUGCACUUAGAUUUUUGUAUGUACUUAAACAUGUGCUUAUUUAAGUUGAAGAGGGAUGGACUUAAUUACAUGCGUAAGUUCUUUGCUGAGUUGGGGGACUAAGCGUACAAUUUGGGUAAUUGUACAUACAAAUGGCUACUUAUGCCCCAGUAUGGCUGUAUUUUGUACAUGUAUUUAUCCAAAUUUGAACUUGAAAUCAUUUAGGGUGAUGACAUCCCUGUGAAUCCUAAUUGCCUUUUGUCAGAAUUUUCACACUAGGAGGAAUUUUCUAACUAAUGCAUGGAUAAGAUUAAUCAGAUUUAUACACAUACACACACACUGUUGACACAGUUAGUGGCUGAGAGACGCACACCUGGCAACCUGCUGCAUGCAUUACUUGACAACAGGGUGUGUGGUUACACACUUUAGGGGAACUCUGGUGUAGACUGAAAAUGAUGAUUUUCAAUACUGUUUCAGUGUGCUGAGAGCCUAUGCUAGCCCUUAAACCCAUUCACCUCUUUGUCAGAGAGACCCCAUGAGAAAAUCAUUUUCAGCAAUGGUUCAAAUUUCCAAUUGUAAACCAACCUAAUAGACUUGCCUGGAAAUUUGAAUGGGGGUUUAUGGAAUUUACGGAGCAUAUAAAUAUCUUAUUUGAUAAUAUUGACUUAAGAAAAGGUUCUCAAAUCUUGCUAGUACAACUAUUGGGCCAAAUUCUUGUGCGGUGUAUCUCCACUUAUGUAUUAGGCCUCUUAUCUUUAAUCUUAUAGUACACCAGUACACUCUUUUUGGAGGGAGAGCAGUUUUAUUUUAAAACAUUUUCCUUACAAACUAAAAAAUUCCUGUCUCAUUUAGAGAAAGGAAGAACCUUUUGUGGGCUAGAGGGUAGAGAAAAAACUAAAAGCCAGUUCCUAAGUAUGCUGAGUGAAGUGUGAACAUGUGCCUAUAUAAAUGGUGGAGAUGUGAACCAUUCAGAUUUGCAUCUAUUUUUGAUAGCAGUUUGAAUAGCAGAUAAAUAGACAGAGAACAGUGUAACAUUUGGACUACAAGUGCCUUAGGUGUUAUUGCAGUGCAAACUAUUCCAUCAAAAUGCUAUUUGUAGCAUGUAAACUAACCGUCAUGGCCUGGGAACGAAUCAUUUCUGUUGCCAAAUAGCCUGAGCUGACUCCAGUUUCAUUCAAAAUACCUGAUGAAAAAAUACAAUGUGAAUGUCUGUAGCAGCAAACGCAUAUGCAAGAUAUAUCAUGUGUUAGUACACUGGGCAUCUGGCUAGAGCCUGUGAUGAUUUCCUGCCUCUAUGGUAACACUGAUGUAUACAAAUCCACAUGAAUUUGGUUUUUAAAAGUGAUUGUGUCUUCUUAAUGUUGAAAACAAGAUAAGAACGGAAGAUAACAUGAUCCAACAAAUAUUUUAAAAUUGCAAAGAAAAAUAAUCAGAAUGAUGAUUACCACAUAUUCCAAAUAUAUAAUUCACCAAGAGCUCUCCCUUCCGUGAGGUGCUAAGUACCCACACCUUCCAUUGAAGACAUUGUUUGACUGAGUCCCUAACUCCAAGCAAUCUAUAUAUAGCUACAUAUGAAAGAUGAGGGCAGCACCAGUCUGCAGUGUAGAACUCCAGGGGCUGCCUUAAGGUGCCAAGUGCUCCAGCUCCAUUACCCUAUAUUGCAAAAGCACAUUAUUAGUAAAUCCUGAUAAAUGAUCAUAUUAAAAUGUAAAGCAUACAUUAAAGGUACAUUAAGGUUACACAUUUAAAACCAAAUUUAAAAAAAAAUUCAGGAAAAGCAAAGUGAAGUUUCCAUCCGCAAUGUUAACGCUGUCAGACUGCCCAUUUUAUAUAACAACGGGAACAGUAGCACACUAAGGUAAGACUGCUGCUGCCACUCAUCAGGCCCCAAGAAACAUACAGAUGUGGACUUUAUUUGCAUCUUACAUCUCUUGCUGCAGUUUUAACAACUUAAAUUUGGGGCAAAGAAUUAAGUAAUCCAAUUUAGUACUUGUGAUUAUUCUUAACUAUUGCAAAAGCCCCACAACCUACAAAAGACUACCCCAGUCUGAAAUGAGGCAAGUUGCAGUUCCUUAGAUGUAACCUUCAUCCAGGGAAAUCGGCCUUGAUGGAAGCAUGCAUUUUGUAUCGCAGCCAGAUUCUACAACCUGUCUAUACCCAUUUACCCUGCUGUUUUUUAGCCCCAACUGCUCUCAAACCCACUCUAAAUCUUGGAGAAAAGGGGUCAAGGGCAAAAAAAUUCCCAAUAAAUUAGCAAAACCACAAUUAAAUACUAAUACUAUUCAGAGUACCCAACUAAGAUGUUACAGCAAUCCCAGCUAAACAAGAUGUGCAACAAUCCACAGGAAACCACUAUCCUCCAGUCUGAACACAAGCAAUAACUCCAGUUUUCAAGUCUCUGUAGAGAUAAUAUAUUGCAAGAGAAAACUUAAUUCCUGGUCCCAACUAAAAGCCUGUAUGUGUCACGCAAAUCUACCCUCCCGCCUGUUAACCAAUCAACUACUGUAAGGGAAUGAAUGGAAAAAUCCUGCUGUUUCUCCUACAAGGAGCAAUAUAUGCUUUACUCUAGUCCAAAAAAACUAUGUGAAAGAAGAAGAACCUUCCAAGUUAAUGCUAAGGUUUACAUUGUUUACUGCCCCAAAAGUGUUAUUUUUAAUAAUGUAAACUUAACAGGAAAAGUCAGUGUAACUUUCAUUAAAAGCAAAGGGCUGGAUCCAAGCUUUUCCUAUCAAAUUUAAAAUAAGACAAGUAAGAGGCUGUAUGAACAUAUAUUUAGUCAUAUUUUUACCAGCAUUUUUCAUCAAAUUAAUGUUUUAAUAUAUUCUCCAAGGCCACAUUCCUGAAAACAUUUAUGUGUGUGCCUGUUUAACUUUAAGCACGAGUAACCCAAUUACUGAUUUCCAUGAGAUUACUCAUGUGCCUAAAGUUUUGGGUAAGUAAGUGGCUGCAAGAUCACAGCUUUAAACAUAUUGCACAUAGCAACAAUGAAAACUGAUGACACUAGUCAAUUAAAGGGUGAUAUUUUAAACAACCACUUCAUUUUAUUAAAUUCUGAGUAGCCAUUUGUUUUGAGAGCAGCUUUUAUAUGUAAAGAGGCUAGAUAAUGGUUGAGACAAGUUUCCACUUUUAGUCUGGGAAUUAGUUAUUCUGCACAUAAUUAAGAAUCCACAUGAAGCAAAGAUCAUGAUAUUUUCAGAACUGUAUUUUAAAUACAUUUUUAAAACAACUUCUACCAGAUGUGCUGAUGGACCAUUUAAAUGAACAACAGUGUUAAUACCAUUAAUAAUGAAAUGUUUCUGUUUAGUGUUUUAAUAGCCCUGAUUUUUUAUACACAGAACCAGAUCUUAAGUGGGUCAAAUUUUACUAAGCUCUUAAACAGUUGCAGUUUAGAUGGCAUAGGAGCCACUUUCUGGUUGUGAUGAGUCACUACAAGGAUUAAGAAAGUGACAAUUGAAAGUGUUAUCACAGCAGUUUUGUGUAGACUAGAUGCUGUUAUGUGUAGGAGUUGUUAAAAUUAAGAAAAGUUAGUUUUCUACUGUUUAAAUUGACAAAACAAGGUUUAUUCUGAACCAGAUAUUAGCCUGUAUAAAAAACAGGUGUUUAUGUUUCUGUCUGGAUCCCCAGAGAACCAAGAGUCUGGAGACCAAUUUCCUGAGUUAAGAAAAUCAUUGAGUCCCAUUGUGAUUAGCCUACUAUUUAUUUCUGGACAACUGAAAAACAUAGAUAUAGGGAAUUUCCCAAGUGAAUCCGUCAGACACUUUAAUGUCCACUAAAGUAGCAGUUUCAAACUUUAAGUUUGGGCAAUUUUAAGUAAUCAGGAGAAAAAUUAUAAUGUUACAGUGUUGGUUCAAUGAAUAGUUUAGGCUCAAUGUUUAUAAGUAUAUACUUCAAUUUACACUGUAAAAGAAUUGGAUAAAAUGGAAACCUAAUAGGAUUCAUUUCAAAUAAUUAUCACAAUAAGAGAGAAGCCCUCUCCAGGACCAUAUGUGUUGAACUAGCUAAAGGCUCUCCCAGCAGACUUUCACCUUGACUGUGAUCAGUCAGUUUUCAACCCUCCAUCCAGAAUGUAUGAUCAGAGGAGGAGCCAACAGUUAGUGCUCCAACAUCAGGAUGAGACAAAUGUUCUGGAAUUUACAAGUACAGUCAGUCUCCUUCUUAAUAGCAGAUUUUAAGAUAGCCUCCUGAGGCGGAAAUGUCAGUGACUGAAAUUUCUGUGCCAGUACGUAGUCCAGAAGUUACUUAAUAAGAGUGACAGAGGGUCCUGUUGCUUUUUACAGAUUCAGACUAACACGGCUACCCCUCUGAUACUUAAUAAGAGUGAUCAUUAGUAAUGAUAAAGUCAAGUAGUGAGAUGUUUGAAGGGGUGGGAUUCACCAGGAGGACUUGGGCACUUCAGUGUCUAACAUUUAGGUACCUUGGCGCCUAAUGGAAUUUGCAAUCCUGAGUUAGGUGACCAGCACAAUGCCUGGGGAGUUAGGCACCUAAGAAUGGGAUCCACAAAAGCCAACACAUUGAGCAGGGAGAUACCUAAGCUAGCCAGUAGGAAAUGUGGUAUGGUGGGGCCACUCAAAAGGAGUUAGAGGCCAGAUUCACAGAGGUGAUUAGGCACCUAACUUCUUUUGAAAUCAGUGUAAGUUAGGAGCCUGUGGAGCUGGGCGUAGGUACGGAAGUAUGGGCUGGAAGGAGGCACCUCCCUCCACUUGGGAUUCAGAGCCAGGAACCCUCUCCUGGAGUUAGGUGCUUAGGUCAGGUCAGCCAUUUGUCAAGAAAAGCUGAGGAGCAGGAGUCUCCCUCCCCACCAACAACCACCUUUAGCCCAGUGGUUUAGGGCACUCACCCAGGAUGUGGAGACCAGGGAUCAAAUUCCCACUCUGCCUGAUAUAGGGCAGGGACUUGAAUUUGGGGGGUUGAGAGUGUCAGUGGUGUUUAAAUGAUAGACUUAAGCACCUAAAGUAGCAAUGAGGUGCUUCAGUCCCCCUUGUGAAUCUAACCUGUGGUUGAAAAUGAAUGGCCAUGAAGGAAAUUUAUGUUGUACAUCAGUUACUUAAAGGCAAAUUGUCUAUCGCCUAAGCACUCAAGCUGUGGUCUGCAGAUCACUUGCUAGUGUUCCUGGGAGAGCUGGUUGCUCAUAAGGUGCUGGCUCCUCCUCAUUGCCAAUUUAGACCACAUGUACCCAUUCCCCUACCUUCAAAUCAGAGAAAACCCUCCGAUACUUUAAAUGGUGCCACCUUCUGAAGGAGAAAAUAUUCUCUUUGAUAUGUACAUUUGCACCCGCAUCUUGAUGCGCCAGAGUUCAAAGCCAGAUGGCAAGCAUAUCUGCUUAUUUCACUGUUGCUGCAUGGUAAAGUGAUAGGGGGGGCAGAGGGAAAGCAAGA